AUGCCUGGUGCGGAGGUCGCCUCGUCGGGCCUUCGGCAUCAGAUCUGGACGGGUGUUGUUCCUCCCUGUGGUGCUCCUCCCACCUCCCUGGCCCUAGACUCCCUCUGGUGGUUUGGUGAGGUUGUUCGGCAGUGGGCUCUAAACCGGGGGAAACCCUUGGCUGACGAUGGCGGCCACGAGGUCGACGACGCUGGCGACGGCACCGUGCUCCUUCUUGAAGGUGACAUCGAGGUUGUAUCCCCUCCCUCCCUGCUCUUCCUAUAUCGGGUAAAAGCCCAAAUUAAACUUCGGGAGAGCGGUCUACCUCAGAUAGGUCUGGCGUCUUUCGAUCCGGGACGUGAAAGCAAGGAGCUUUCUGUGGAGGUAGAAGUGGAUGGUUCUUGGGUUUUUGCGUGGCCUCAGGAGUUCUCAAUGGUGGUCCUCUUCACCAACUUCGGUGCCUCUUCAGUCAGAUCGCAAGUCAAUCCUUGCUUUCCCGGGAGCAAAAAGAAAGAAAGAAAAAAGAGUCAAUCCUUGAUUUGGCAACGAGCGGCCGGGUGGACUUGUUUUGGGGAGUGGACUGACUUUUCGGCAUGUCGUGGCUCGCGUGAUUCUCCGCGACGUCUUUUGCAUUCCCAAAGGAAACAAUUACUGCGCGCGGUCACGGCCGCCGCGCUAUACGCGUGGCCGUCGUCGUCGCUCCUCCGCCCUGGACUCCCGCGCCUCAUCGCCCUCCUCCCGCUGUUCCCGCUCCUCGUCGCCGCGCCCCUGGCCUUCCCCUCCUCCGCCAUCGUCCGGGGCCUCGCCGCCUUCUUCCUGGCCUGGCUAGGCACCUUCAAGCUCGCCCUCCUCGCCGUCGGCCGCGGCCCGCUCGACCCCGCCCUUCCCGUGCUGCCGUUCCUCUUCACCGCCUUGCUCCCCGUCAAGCUCGCCCCAGCAUCAUCCAACAAGGCCAAGCCGGUGUCCCUCGUUUCUUGCGCGGUGAAGGUGGCCGUCGUAGCCGCCGUGGUCCGGCUGUACCAGCUCAACCACCGCCUGCACCUCUACGCGCGCCUAGCCCUGUACGGCGUCCACACCUACUGCUUCCUGGACCUCCUCCUCCCCUGCAUCGCGGCCGCCGCCGCCGCGCUCGGCAUGGAGGCGGAGCCGCAGUUCGACCGGCCGUACCUGGCGUCCUCGCUGCGGGACUUCUGGGGCCGCCGGUGGAACCUCAUGGUUUCUGCCAUCCUCCGGCCGUCCGUCUACGACCCCGUCCGCGCGCUCGCCGGGGUCCCCGCCGCCGUCCUGGCCACCUUCGCCGUAUCCGCGCUCAUGCACGAGGCCAUGGUGUACUACCUCAGCCUGCAGUGGCGGUCCGACGGCAUGAUGGCUGCCUUCUUCCUGCUCCACGGCGUUUGCUGCGUUCUCGAGGGGUGGUGCGCGCGGCGGUGGGCGGCGCGUGGGUGGCCGGCGCCGCCGCGGCCCGUGGCGACGGUGCUGGUAGGGCUCUUCGUCACGGCCACGUCGUUCUGGCUCUUCUUCCCGGCGCUUUGCAAGGACGGAGUUGAGGAGAAGCUGCUGCAGGAGUGGGCUGCGGUGGCCGCCUUCUUCCAGGACGCCGGCGGGAAGAUACCAUGCGUCUAAGGUAGGAGAUGGAGUGCCCAACACCGUGGUGGCGCCUGGCUUUGCAACAGGAACUCCACCCCCGCCACAACUGUGUUGCCAUAAGGGCGCGAACGAGGACGUCUCGGCCUUGCAGAACAUAAAGCAGUU